CACACAAACAAUGAAGUCUGAGGUCAGGACAGAUUCUCUGGUGAAGGUAAGAGAUGAGGGUUGGUUCAGAUUCAGGGGAUUCAUGCUGCUCUUGUGUCCUGCAGGUGUUUAAAUGUAUUUCUGGGUCUGCUGCAACUGCUGCUUCCUCCCCCCCGGGGCUGACAGGAAACUGGCUCUGACAACAUGUGGUCACAUCAUCUGCAGCGUGUGUUAUCAGAAAGGAACACAAGGAAAAUGCUUAACAUGCAAUGCCAAAUGCCAGGUGUCACCCCUCUCUGACAAAAGCAGCUCAGAGGUGAAGGCCUUGUUUUCUGACGUCAACGAUGUGGCGACCAAGCACUUGAAGGAAAUCAGCAAAGUUAUAAUGUUCCAGGCGAGACAUCAGAAGAGAUUGUUGACUCACUACCAGCAAAGGCAGAUGACGAAGAAGCUGAAUGAACAGAGCGCCUACAUCGCAAAACUAGAAAACCGCCUUCAGCAUCAGAGUGUCAGAGCUUCAUCAGUGUCUCAAAUGAGCCAGAGUUCUCAUACUCCGCAUGGACACAAACCAGUCUUGCAGAUCCCUUAUAACUCCCCCUUCUGCCCCUCACGACACUCCUCGUCCACGAACGUCACUGAAGAAAUGGAGGUGGAUGAAAGAAGUCUGUUCAGGAAAUCUAAGACUGUGCCUCGACUGUCAUUAAUCAGUCCUCCACAGGAUGAAGGCAUGGGCUCCGUCUCUCACAGAUCGUCCAAUCAGAACACACUGGCCAACCACUCUGCUCGCUCAGCAACAGUCAGUGAAAAGGCGGUUGCCGGUAGAAAAGCUCUUUGGACAGCCUCUCCUCAUCACCAACCACAGCUGCUGUUGACUCAAGCUCACAGGAAUCUCCUCCACGGGUUCACACCCUUUAAACCAGCCAACCGCACACUAGACCCCUCCGCAAGCGAGCAAAAGAUCCUGCAAGGCCUCAACGUCUGAGGGACUAAACAUUUGUCCUGGC